UCAACGAUACGGAUCCUAUUAAUUAUUGUUGUUCCGGGAUAUUGCAUAAUCAAAAUGUUGAGAAGUAACGGUAGACGGUUAUUGUCUAAUUUACAAAGCUUGGUAAGCCGCAGAGAUAAGCUUGUAAACCAUCGAAAGUUGCUGUCGAUCACUAGUUCCAGUAGAAUGGCUACUCCAUCGACGACAGAUGAUAAGGAGCAAUCUGAGACUGAUUUGCGGAGCGUUCUUGUCAGCACUGUCCUCGACUUGGAAACAUUGGACCCGUAUCUGUUCAGGGCAAAGAAUAUGUGGCAUGCAUAUGGACCAGGAAAGAGAUUGUUUGGAGGGCAGAUCAUCGGUCAAGCAAUGGUAGCUGCUGGAAGGACGGUCAAUCCUGAACUUUCCAUUCACUCGCUCCACUCAUACUUUGUAAAAGCAGGAGAUUCUACCUUACCUGUUCUCUAUCGGGUAGAGAACCAGCGUGAUGGAAACAGCUUCUGCACGCGCUCAGUGGAAGCCAUUCAGAACGGUCGUAUCAUCCUCACCAUGAUGGCUUCUUAUCAUAGAUUUGAGGAAUCUCCGUACAAUCAUCAAUACACCAUGCCGGAUGUACCUGAUCCUGAUACCAUGACGACUGAUAUGGAGGAACUCAAACAGUUUGUACAGAACCCAGAUAUUCCAGAGAAGCUCCGUAAAUGGGCUCAGAAACAGCUUGCACAAGAAAUCACUUUUGAAACUAAGCGAGUAGACAGAGCAGAUUUUUUCAGCAAGGGUUUUGAUCAGCCUACUGAACCUAAACUCAUGAUUUGGGUCAAGGUCAAAGGAGACAUAGGAGAAAAUACAGGUGAAGAUGGCAUGGACCUGCAGCAUUGCUGCCUAGCCUACAUCUCUGACCUCUUUCUUGCUGGUUUGACCUAUCUUCCUAACCGAGAUAAACCUCUUGGAAUGAUGUGCUCAUUGGAUCAUUCUAUCUGGUUUCAUACACCUUGUCGCAUUGACGAGUGGAUGCUCUACGAGUGUGAAAGCCCACAAUCGAGUCAUGGGCGUGGUAUGACCUUAGGCCGAUUCUGGAGGCGUGAUGGUGUCCUUGCAGUGACUGUGGCCCAAGAAGCUCUCCUCAGACCCAAGCUAUGAUGACUGUGGAUUUCAUCAUGUUUCUUGCCUUGUAACACCUACCGUAACUCAAACAGAAAUCCCACUCGAGCAUAAAUCUGACGGAUGUGAACUGCAAAUUCCAUCAUAGCCAAUUUGCAUACACCAAAGUAUUUAGUAUAUUUGCUAUGUCCUAUUUAGACAAUUUCAAGGUGAGUACACAAUUGUAUGUAAUAUGAUAGUAAUGACAGCUGUUUUAUACAUUAUUGCUUUUGCCAGGUAGAGUAUAUUCCUAAUUUUGGGUCAUUAUGGUGAAAGUCGGUCAAAAGCCUUUUGUUAAAAAAUGAGGGGGGGGGGAACAAAGCAAAAAAUAAAUAAAUUGAUAAGGGCAUUGAUAGACAUAUCUGAUCCCCUUGCUUACAGGUAUAUCAAUAAAUGUUCAUAUUGCUUGCUUUAUUAUUGAAUUGGAUAUUUCUCUUCGACUCCUGAGAGUAACACCAUGAAGCAGCAUCACAACUUUAAUUCAAAAUGUAUACAUUGUUACCCUUGCCUUCUCAGGAAUUAUCCACAUUUACAUGGAUCCAAAACCAUUUGGUUAAAAAAAAGUAGGGCUAUAUUUCAAACAUUUAUUUGUGUUAAUGAUUAUUAACUCUCAAUAAAAUCUCUCAUAUUGUAUUCAUAUAUCUAGCAAGCUUAUACCAUUCAUCCAGGGCAUUAUCAAUUAUAUUAGAGGAUUAUUGCACUGAUAUAGUACAUGUUUAAUUGUGAGAAAUUUCAAAACUCAUUACCGGUAUGUAAAUCUGUAUGUUCUGUUUUAUGUGUACAUGUACUUUUUGUUUGAGAUUAUUACAUUGAGAUUUAUAUUGAACUGAAAUAGUAUCAUGCUUUAACUCGUAUUAUGUAUUCUAAAAGUUGAUUUGAAUGUGUAAAAAAA